GGUCUGACCUCAUGCAGUUUGGAGGGGAGUUCAUAUAAAAGUCGACAUUAUUCCUCAGUUCCCGAACUUCAUCACAACUAAUUGCCUUACUCGAAACGACGUCAGCAUCAUGCCCGAAUACAAUAUUCCGAAAACACAGAGAGCAGCCAUCGUCGAGAAGGAAGGCUCCGGUGUUACUGUCAAGAACAACCAUCCAGUCAAGAGUCAGGACCAGCUUGCACCCGGAGAGUGUCUCGUAAAACUCGAAUGCUCUGGUGCAUGCCACACUGACUUGCAUGCAGCCACCGGCGACUGGCCCCUCAAAGCAUCUCUACCUCUCAUCGGUGGUCACGAAGGUGUUGGUGUCGUUGUCGCAAUCGGCAAAGACACGGUCCGUAGCCCAGUCAAACUUGGCGACCGCGUUGGUAUCAAGUGGCUUGCUGAUUCUUGCUUGAAUUGCGAGCAUUGCCGUAAAGGCCGCGAACAGAAUUGUCCUGAAGCCAAGCUGAGCGGUUUCACCGUCGACGGGACGUUCCAAGAAUACGUCGUAUCGUAUGUGAACCACGUCACACCUAUUCCUGAUGGAUUCCCAAGCGAUGCAGCAGCAUCGAUCCUUUGCGCUGGUGUCACUGUCUACCGAGCAAUCAAGUACAGUGAGACUCAGAUAGGAGAUUGGAUGGUCAUACCAGGUGCUGGUGGAGGUCUUGGUCAUCUUGCCGUCCAAUAUGCACGCGUUCGAGGCCUUCGUGUCAUCGCUAUUGAUGCUGGAGAAGCUAAACGUGAUCUCUGUCUUCAACUGGGUGCCGAGAAGUUUGUCGAUUUCAAGGAAUCCAAGGACAUCGUCGGCGAGAUCAAGAAAGCCACAGGUGGAGAAGGCGCUCACGCUGCCGUGGUCACUAGCGCUGCGAGCGGCGGUUAUACCCAAGCCAUUGACUACCUCCGUCCGGGUGGAGUUCUCAUGGCUGUCGGUCUUCCCGGAGAAGCAACGCUGAAUGCGUCCAUCUUCUUCACCGUCUUUAAGAGCAUUAAAAUUCUCGGAUCAUAUGUUGGUAAUCGACAGGAUUCAAUGGAGGCUAUUGACAUCGCUGCUAGGGGUAAUGUCACAGUUCAUUUUGAGACGAAGCCUUUGUCGGCUUUGAAGGACGUUUACGAUGGUAUGGCGGCUGGAAAUAUUGCAGGAAGGAUUGUACUUGAUUAUUCCAAGUAAACUCGUAUUGGCAGUGUGGCUUCCAGACAAGAUUGUACUACAUUAGACCAGGCUUCACUAGAUGAAAUUAAUUGGACUUUGAAAUUCCAGUGUUCUAGAUGGGCUGGUAUUUGUCUAAUGCUCAAGAGAACUGUUGACAGCUGGUCUUCAAAUUGUGUUAUUGAUAUUUUGACACUCUCCC